AUGCCGGCACUGAUGGAUGACCUUGACGGCCUGACGGCUGAGCAGCUUCGAAGACUCAUCGUGCAGGUUUGCGUCGAGAAAUGGCGGCCAAGAUCGACGGCGCCGCUCCGCCGGGAGAAAAAGAGAAAAGGAGAAGACGCGCGACAACGCAAACGAGACCAGCAACAAGAGAACGAAAGAGGUGAUGCCAAGCGAGCUACUCCUUCAACUAGAUCAAUGUUAGCAAGAACUGCUACAAGCUAUUCCACGGCAGUCAGGGAGACCAAGCCUGCCGCCACCACCCAGUGGCGACCUACCCUAAUUUUGUUCUAUACCUAG